UUCGAGAAAGAACGUGUUUUUCUCGAAAACGACACCUUUCGAGUAUUUCGUAUUUUUCGACCGGAAGGAAGCAUUUGCUAAGGCUAAAAAGUAGUUUUCCGUGAUCAGCAGCUCCAGCUCUAUCCAACGAUGUAAAGAAAACACGAAAAAAAAAUUUACUAAAAGUUUGAAUUGCCUGCACCUUACCAUCAGCCGCAUCAGUAAGAUCUAAGGCUGCAUCUGUUUUCACGGGUGUAGUGAAAACAAUGAGUGCAUUAAUGACAGAGGCCAUGAUUCGCAUGGAAAGAGCACAGAAAAUUCAGGCAGAAGCUUUAGAGAGAGUCAUGAAGAAUGCAUAAGAAAUACAGGCAGAUGCACUACUACGAGUCUUCAGUCAGCAGAAAAAUUCUGCACCUACAUUGCCACCAAUGUAGACAGCUUCAGCUGCCGCUAAUUCACAUACAUCAGUUAUUUCAUUGCCUGUUAAUGUUUUUAAUGCUUCAAAUUUCGAUGUUUCUCAAUGUACAAGGUCAUUACCACCAGAUGUCACUGUGAAUGACUCAAUUAGCCAUUUUAGUGGUAAGACAAAUGAACAACCGAAUAAAUUUUUACAUGAAUAUCAACAAACGAUGAGAACUCUUUUCCGUGCUUCAAAUUUACAAUUACUUCGAAAUAUCUGUAAUUGGUUGUCAGGUCUAGCUCGUGAUUGGUAUCUACAACUUUUACAAUCACGUCAGUUGCCAAACAGUUGGUCUGAAUUUAAAAAGAUGUUUUUAUCGCGUUUUCGUAGUCUCGAGCGUGUUGAAGCUCUGAAAUUUGAGCGUAGUCAUUGUGCUCAAGGUGAAAAUGAGACAGUCGAAGAUUUUUAUCAAAGAUAUUUAGGAUUAAAUCUUGAGAUUAGUCCGAAAAUAAAAGAGAAAGUUUUGAAAAAACAACUUCUCAGAAAAUUGAGGCCUGAAAUUCUUCUUUGGAUGAAAGGUAAUCCUGACAGUAUGUCUUUAGAUGACGUUCUAAAAAAGGCUGAAAAAGCUGAGCUUCAAUUACUCUAUCGUCGUAAGGAAGAAACGCAAAAAGGCAUUGAAGCAUAUAAUGUUCUGUUAUUUCAACUGCAUCUCAUAGCCACAAAUUUGUAA